GACUAAGUUCGCGCCAUUAUAUCCCCUGGGAAGCUGGAUGACUACCUCGCACUGAAUCCUUCCAGUCGAUGUUUGUCUGCCGACCAAAUCGACUGUGUUGCAGUGCCGCCUAUGUCUGCUUGAUGAGGGUUAUACUUUUACAAAACUCCCGUGCAGUUCAUUAGCCGUCACAGCCUCUCGGUGCUACCAAGGUUCACCAAGCAAGAUGAGUCUUCUGUCUGCCUCUAACUUGACGCUAAUGGACCUCGACUCCACGGGGAACAACUUUGGCUACGUGAAGAAUAUCCGUGACUGUCCACCAAGGAGGAGCCUGGGAGGCAACCUGAGCAACGGAAGAGCUUCACUGCCUCGUCGACGAGACUAUUUGAAGGCAGUAGCCCUCCACGAUCACAAGCAUGUUCUCGCAUACAAUCUUUCCAAGUUGUUUUGUUUAAAGGGAGGGUUUUCUGCUACAGUCGCAUCCUGAGAAAGUGCGGGAGGUUUCAUUAGUUGGAGCCUCAUCGCAGCUUACACUUGAUCCCAACAAAGAGAGCACGGACAUGACAAGAUCAAACAACAUUGCGACAAGCAAUCCGUGUUUCGCACGAGCUCUUAACCUGUCUUCCACAACCUUACGAUUUCCCACUCCUAAUUCAUCCAUCAACACCAUGAGCAGCUCCAAAGCCAACAGCACCACAUCAGAAGACUUUGCAAUGGUGGAUCAUCCUCAGGCUCUCCCUCUGCGGCCGCGCUCAACACAUGCCGGAGAUGAAGCGGUCGCCGAAAUCCACCCCCUCAAAGACAGUGACGGCUUCAUUGUGUCUGUUCAACCACCACGAGUCCCAGAACAAGGUCUCAACCGCGCCUCUUGCGACAUUGUGCUUGUCAUUGAUGUUUCUGGGAGCAUGACAUCUGCGGCCCCCAUUCCAGAUGUAGAGGACGAGAAUGAGAGGGAAGCGGCUGGGCUGAGCGUUCUCGAUCUCGUGAAACACGCUGCAAGAACGAUCCUGGAGACUUUGGGUGAGGAUGACAGACUGGGCAUUGUGACUUUUUCGGAUGAUGCGAAGGUCGUCCAACCGCUCACGUUCAUGAAGUCCGCCGAAAAGAAGGCGGCAUGGAGAAGGAUCGAGAAGCUCCGCGACGAAGCAUGCACCAACCUCUGGGCGGGCAUCCGUACUGGACUGAACUUGUUCUCGAAGGCGCCGCUUGUGGACAACGUACAGGGCCUUUACGUUCUUACCGAUGGGAUGCCAAACCAUCUGUGCCCGAAACAGGGUUAUGUUGCAAAGCUGAGCCCCAUGCUCGAGUCCGCCGCCCGCGAGAGACCUGUCAUACCCACCAUUCAUACCUUCGGAUUUGGCUACCAGAUUCGCUCGGGACUGAUGCAGUCGAUUGCAGAAGUAGGCGGGGGAAACUACGCGUUCAUUCCUGACGCAGGCAUGAUUGGCACAGUGUUUGUGCAUUCGGUUGCCAAUCUUUACACCACACUCGGCAUGUCCGCCACGUUGGAGGUCAAGCUCUCAAAGAACAUUGCGGUGGAGACGACAUCAGGAAUGAACCUGACUGCCGGAAAACGAGGAUACCUCUUAGAUUUGGGCAACAUUCAAUACGGUCAAUCCCGAGACCUUGUGUUCCUCUGUCCGGAUGGCAUAUCUGAAGAUACUGUCAUCACCGCAACGCUCAACUACAAAGCCGCCAAUGGAGCUUCCCAUGGGUCUCAGAGUCGUGCCAUCUUUUCGGACAAGACAAUCAAGUCUCCAAUCUGGGUUGAAUACCAUAUGCGCCGAGCUCAAAUCUGCGGACUCAUAUCGUCUCUCUUCCCCUUGAAGGAGGAUGGUGAGCAUGAACCCACCACCAACAAAGUUUCUGUCGUCCAAGCACAGAAAGCCCUGAACGACAUCGCUACCUCGAUACAACAAUCUCCCAACAAAGAUGCAGCCGAGCUCAAAGCGGUCCUCAAGGAGCUCAUCGGCUACGAACCAGCAGGUCAGAUCUCCAAAGCCCUCACCUGGACGAUGGGCAAGAACUACUGGCAUAAAUGGGGUCGUCACUAUCUGCCCAGUUUGCUCCACGCGCAUGAGCGUCAGAUGUGCAAUACCUUCAAAGACCCUGGCCCGUUGCUCUACGGCAGAGACAGCCCGCUCUUCAUCAAAUAUCGCACCGAGCUCGAUGUCGCCUUUGACAAUCUCCCGGCUCCAAAGCCAUCUCGUCCGCCGAAAGUGGUGUACACCUAUAGCCCCACUGGCGAGGUGACGGGGACAAGCACCAUUCGGCACCGAGAGGUCAGUAUGACCAGUUACAAUUCGGCCACGGCACCCUGCUUUGAGGGCAACUGUUCGGUUUUGAUGGGCGACGGAACGAGGAAGGCGCCGAUCAAGAGUCUCAAGGUGGGGAUGAUGGUGUGGACGCCCGCGGGGCCACGAGCAGUCGCUGCCAUUCUGAAGACCAGAGUUCCCGGCCAGACGCAGAAAUUGUGCCGCGUGGGCGAAUUGCUGGUCACCCCGUGGCAUCCAAUCAAGUACCAAGGACGAUGGCGAUUCCCCAACGAUGUUGCCGGAAGCAGCAUACCAUUCCAAGGCAGCGUCUACUCUGUGCUGCUGGCUCCGUCUCAACACUCGGACGGCCACGCAAUCCAGAUCGGCGGUCAAAUCUGUGUCACCUUGGGUCAUGGCCUGGUCAAGAGCAACAAAGACGACAUUCGCGGGCACGCAUUCUUUGGCAAUUACCACCGGGUGGUAAUGAGUCUGCGGCGACUUCCUUUGGACAAGAAGGGGCACUUCCGAUGUGGCGGGAUGCUCAGAAAUGCUCGGACAGGAUUGGCUUGUCGGUUUCUGAAGCCAUCUAUGGUUGCGAUGGGCGUGACAAAGACGGUGCGGAUGGGGACGAAGAUGAGAUGCCUUGCCUGAACAGCGGACUAGGAUAAGAAGCUAGGGGUCUAGAAGCACAGGUUGUUGGUCUUGUUAAUUGCAGAGAGCGCCAAAGUCGGCAGCUAUGUACUGUGGAUUUAGGCCGUGAGGCUGCAGGAGGCGGCAGGGUUGUAAGGGGGGCAUGUCUCUUCAGCCUCGUCGCCACGCCUUGUGCGAGUCGGACAUAGUGCUGCUUCUGCGACGAAGGCUGCCAACUAUUUGACAUGACGGGAAUGAGAUGUUCACCUGUUUGUUCAGCCCACCCGUCUGUCAGUCACACAUUCAUUUGUUCAAUCUUUCUUGGGUACUUUACGGAUUCAGCGGGAGGGGAGGAGGCAAAGGGGGCGAGAGGAACUCCGCCGUGGCAGCAUUGGC